AUGAUUAUGGAUGAUAGAGCUCGUCUCAAGAUCGACCCCUAUGAUCGGGCCUGUUAUGUUGCUCGUGCUUUAACAAAGUUCCUCGUGGCUAUUCUCGCUUCCAUUGUGGAGGAGACCUCUUUCCCUCACUCCAACAUGGGGGCUUUAGGUAAAAAAUAUCAGGCUAAGACAAAACAGCUCGAUGACAGGACUGUAGAGCUCGAGGCUGCCAAGGCCAUGAUUACUCAAAUAUGGGUCGGGAAAGCCGUGGCCCUUCAGAAGAUCGAGAAGAUGAGGGUUGACCUCGGAAAGCUCAUGAUGGGAAGGAAGUCGAGUUAUAAUUAG